AUGGGAAUAAUCCAAAAGAUCAACGAUGUGAUGGACUUUAAGGAACAGUUCGUGGACAAGUUGAACGUGGUGUUCGGUGAUUGGGCAUUAUUCGUGUAUGACCGGCCGUACAAGAUAAUUGUGUGUAGCCUGUUACUAUCGUUGCCGCCUGCAAUCGGUUUUGUACCACCCAUAGCCAAGUGGGUGGAUGGGGCAGACAAUUUGUAUUCGUUGCCUGUCAGUGAGGCACGUAAUGAUGGCAUAAUCCACGACCACUACUUUCAAGACGUGAUUUCCCAGGCGAACUUUAUCGCACUCACGAGCGAACCGCCCGGCCAAAACCUACUCACAUGGGACAUGUUGGAGUGGGUUCGUCAGGUCGAUGACAUCGCACGAGGCAAUCGAGCUGACCCAACAACGGGCCAGAUCGUAGCACUGCCCGCGAACGAAAUGUACUACCCAGAAUGGUUCCAGGACCCCAGUCAUGAGGGCUUAGAACCAGACAAGAAAUGGCUGAGGUACGAUGACAUGUGUGCACCCGAUCCAGUAACCGGCUGUAAAAUACAAAGCGUAUUCGAAAUGGGAAUAGAUGAUAUGAAAUUGAUGUUGGACGAAGGGUCGGCACCUGAGCUAUGGAUGUUCGAUGGCUUGGUAUUUAAUAGUCUUCGCAAGGGAUUUUGUCCUAACUUUGUCUUUGGUGAUUUUGAGAAGAAAAAUUGUACACGACAAGUUCCUACGACUCUAAUAUCGCAAAUUUUUAGUCCUGAUCGAUACACCGAACUGGCGGACAAACCUGGGUAUGCUGAAAGCAAUAUUGAAUGUAUUUAUUCAGUUAAGGCCAUGAGAUUCACGUACGAAAUAUGGGACAAACCCGAAUUUACCGCUCGGGAAUUGGCGUGGGAGUGGAAUCUCUACAACGUAUUUCAACAGAAUGAAUACUAUGGGCCUCUGCAUAUAGGCGCUAUGGCGUUCCGCACACGCGAUGAUGAGUUAUCAAAGUCCACUGCAGAAUCGGACGACGUCAUUUUCGUAGUUUACACUUUCAUUUUACUUGUUACCUACGCGGCAAUCAUUAAUUUCAACCUUGACCAAUACAGAUCUAAAGCUCUAUCGUCGCUGUGUGGUUCUCUGUCAUGCUUGUUGGGUUUAUAUGCCGGGCUCGGUGUGCCAGCCUUGUGGGGUACAGUGUUUACGCCGACAGCGUUAGUGUGUCCAUUUAUCGUCAUGGGUGUGGGAGCAGAUGACAUCUUUGUUGUGAUCGGCAGUUACGCGUUGGCUUACGGUGAAGAUACUCCUCGUGACCGUUGUGCGGUGACCCUACGUGGCUGCGGAGUAUCUGUGGUGAUGACCACUGUUACCAAUGUUAUUGCCUUCGCCAUUGGCACACAGACACAAUAUUUAAGCAUCAAGACCUUCUGUAUAUUCACAUUAUUCGGGUUACUAUUUAGUCUCAUUUAUGAGCUCACUUUGUUCUUUGCUGUCGUAUGCAUAGAGGCUCAAAAAGAAGAAGCCCAAAUGGCUUGCAUUUGUGGUGGGGGUUUGUCCAGUGAUCAAGAUGCCCUUGACCGAAAGAAGCGUUACAAUAUAUUUGACUCAAUUUCUACUUAUCAGGUUGUCAGUGUUCUCGUGGAAGAAGGUGUCAAAGAUGAUAGUGAAUUCCUUAUGGAGCUAAAAGAUCCUAUUGUCAUUACCGAACAUCGAUUCCAAUGGAUGAAUAAAGUGCAUAAGUGGUGGAUAGACUUCUCAAAGCGUGGAAAUUAUUGGCACGCACCAGACGUCAAAAAAGACGAUCAACUUUUCUCAUCAGCUAAUGAAGCACUUACUGACGCUCUCCCGGCAAGUGGUGUAGCACUUAGGGGUAACGCAAGAAUGAUUGAUAGGGAAGAGUCCUACAUUAAGUUCAUGCCGCGGCCAUUGAUAUUAGACCGAUUCGAUCUGCAUCCAAAGUUGAAAGCCGACGUAUACAGGAUGGAACCCCCCCAUAACGUUGGAAAGACGUGGAGAACCUUCUUCAUGAAACAUUACUGUCAUUACUUGUUGAAACCGUGGGUCAAACUUCUGGUUCUAAUUUUGUUUGCAGGUAACCUAGGGGUUAGCUUCUACGGAUUAACGCAAUUACAGCAAGGAUUAGAGAUGGAAGAUCUUAGUCCUGAUAACAGCUAUCUUAAGCAGUUUGAUCACAUGGUCAAUGAGUACUUAUCCGAGGUGGAUUUGCCUGUUGAAAUGUUCUAUGUCGGCGACGAUAUCCCUUGGCACGAAUCAAGAGUCAUUGAAACACUGAGGAGAUUUGUGAACGUGGUUAACGAUGACCCAGGCAACUUUUUGCUUAAUGAUCCGUUGACAAGAAUGGCUGAUGAUGCAGCAUUAAAACCCAGCUUAAUGAGCAAUAAUAAGACAGAGUUUAAUCGGGCUCUCCAGAGAGCAAUCUCCGAUCCUGACUCAGCGUACAAACAAUUCGAGCUUGAUUUCGUCUGGAAGGGAGAAACCAUGAUGACAUUCAGACAACAACUAUUGCCCAUGGGGACCACAGGUUCACAGGAACGGGCUGGCUGGAUGCUUCAGCUCCGUGCUUACGAAGAAGAAUUUCGUCAACUGCCCAUCACAAACACAACGUAUCCUUUAGAUCCCCAUUUCUACAACUAUCUGCUGGUAUUCUAUGAGAGUGAUAUUACUAUACAAAAGUCCGUCAUAUCUUCCUUAACGACUGCGAGUAUGGCGCUGUUGGUUGUGACCUUGAUGCUGAUUCCAGAUCUUAGUUCUGGCCUGGUGGUCAUCAUUAUCAUGUUCCUUAUCGACGUUGCGGUCAUAGGCUAUAUGUCCUUCUGGGAUGUACCAUUGAAUAUGAUUAGUAUGGUCAUUCUCGUCAUUUCCAUUGGGUUUGCUGUAGACUAUUCCGCGCACUUGUGUUACGCUUUCGUAAACGCCGUGGGACCUUCUCGAGACGUGCGGGUUGCAGAGGCCAUGGUUCUCGUCGGUACCCCCCUGUUCCAUGGAGCUAUGAGCAACUUUCUGGGGAUCGUUAUGCUUGGCUUCAGCACUAGCUACAUUCUGCGAAUAUUCUUCAAAAUGAUGACUCUAGUGGUCCUUCUGGGAAUCAGCCACGGCCUGAUACUACUUCCAGUCGUACUUGGCACCUGGGGUGCCAUGGCACAGGCCGUCCCGGUGUCCAGUAACACCCUACAUGCCGUCAAUGACGAACCCGUUAUUAAAGUACGGCGGAAGAUCGACCCGGAAAGCUUGGAGGUGAGAGAGACAGCUUUGAACGACGAAAUACAAAUCGAACAUCGGAUCGAGCCAAUCGAUUUAUCUCCCAAAGAUAACACUCCCAUACCGCUGCGACGAUAA